UUUCGAUGCCACCAUGGGAAAGCCAAACAAGCCAAGGAAGCCCCAGACACCGCUGGAUCAACUGCCGAUCCAAGCGAGGCUUAAGAUCAAAAAUUACUCGCCGGAUGUCUGCGAUGCGGCGAUUAAGGGGCAAGAGAUUCCAGUCGCACUGGGCUAUGAGCUGACGCGGUUCAGUGUGAUCCGGGGCAUCCGACACCAUCACGGCUUCGCCCAGGAGCUGCACGGAGUGACUCCCGAGUUCACUCGUGCUUUGAAUGCCCGCGAUAUCAUGAGCGGGAUCAUUCCCACCAUAUCACACCCGGAUGAGACUCCUUAUUGCAUUUGGUAUCCGGAUAUCCCAACGGAGCAUACCCUGCGAGCUCUGGUUCAGCGCUAUCCCGAUAUGAUCUAUCAUGCUGCUCGUGCCUGUGCCAUCGCUGGAUACAUCGACCUAUACAAGGAGCUCGAUCCUGUCCCAGAGGUCCAUGUCGCAGAGGAAGCCAGUCAUGCCGGGAUUCAGAGGAGCAACAAGGGAAGCCAGGAAAUUGCCCGGCGUAUAAUAUCCCAGCCAGUGAAAUUCGCCAUUAUGAACGACUACACAAGAACAGUGGAUAUUGCCAACCCUCGAAUCGCAUUCUUGAAUGCUGACACCGCUGUUCAUUCCAGUCUCGCGGCCCGACGGAAACACCUAGAGCCUAGGGUGCUGGCCAAUUUCUACCGAAGUUCCGGCAACCCUUAUUACCCAUCUUCCUACUUCAAUAUUACAGAAGACUGGGGUAUAGACGACCAUAAUAAGGGGGAGCCCGAGCCCGCGGAGAGCUACUUCCCCCUUUUAUAUGAGCCGCUGCCGAUGGACCUUCCACCCAUCAAUAAGGAUAAAUUGAUCCUGAUGGCCGCACAUUCCGGUGAUAUUGAUCGCUACAGCCGUUUGUCCAGACCGCAAAUGAUCUCUGGCGAGUUUUACUGUAUCGUCUGGGCUAUAUACCACCACCCUUUUUGGGCGAAGUGGUGGAGCAUGCAGGUCCCUAAGCAAACAAGCUCGCGGUUCUCGAAAUUUGAGGAAACGAUGAUCCAGCGGGCAAUCAAUGCUCGCCGCACCAUGUCCGAUGAUGUGACAUGGGUUACGCCGGACACACCGAAAGAUUUGCUCCCGAGAAAUAUCUGGUUUCCACGGCUGGCUUGUCCAGAAUCCUAUGAGAGGCUGGCUCGCAUCAGGCCCGACAUGCUGUGGCCAUGCCUCUACGCCUGCAUUGUCGCCGAUUACUCGGACCUGUGGGAUAAGCUCUUACUGCUGCCAUCUUCUGCCACACUCGCCAUCGGUGAGAUGAUGCCGCCGGUUUCCGAAGGGAGCGAGGCCCAGAAUCUGAAGCUUCAACAACUUUCAAAAGUAGUUGACAAAAUACUAUGGCAGGAAGCCAAAACGUCGCGCAACGAUCAUUACCAGUGCGAUAUCAAAGCGGCUAUCCCCGACCAACUAGAAUCGCUCGAGCCCCGCCCAGGUGAUGCUCCUGCAUUGAUGUUUCAACACUCCUCACGGGAACUAUACACCCCUACAUCAGAUAGGAGCUCUAGAUUCGUGUACAGAAAUGAUCCCGUUUUUGUGUCAGUCUUUGAUUGGGGCCGGUGUAGCCCUGAGUACGAAGUGUAUGACGGCGUAGCAGUCGAAAUCCCUAGUAUAGAUUUUGCUGUGUUUGCCAGGGAUGCUGUUGGCGUGGACCAUGAUGUUUGGAAGGAGAAGGGGAACGCUGAUCUCCAAAUGUACGAAGUGUACGAGUUGCUGGAAAAAGAACAUCUUGUCACUAGCGUCUAGCUGAGACCUGUUUUGUCAGACAUGCACACUGAACCCC